AUGGCCACUUCGCUUGCAAACACCCCUCAACUCUUCCACUGGUCCCAUUCUUCACUUGCAAACACCACUCAACUCUUCCACUGGUCCCAUUCUUCACUUGAAAACACCACUCAACUCUUCCACUGGUCCCAUUCCUCACUUGCAAACACCCCUAAACUCUUCCACUGGUACAAUUCUUCACUUGCAAACACCCCUCAACUCUUCCACUGGUCCCAUUCUUCACUUGCAAACACCACUCAACUCUUCCACUGGUCCCAUUCUUCACUUGCAAACACCCCUCAACUCUUCCACUGGUCCCAUUCUUCACUUGCAAACACCACUCAACUCUUCCACUGGUCCUAUUCUUCACUUGCAAACACCACUCAACUCUUCCACUGGUCCCAUUCUUCAUAA